CAAGACCUGAAGCAAAGCCGCAGCAAUGAUCAUGAAGAGCAUGAUUUAUCGUUAUCAAUUCGUUAGCAGUGGUCAUCGCUUUUCAUCUAACACUGCCAUGAACUAAAUUAUAAUACAUCGCGCACAACUAUAAAGUUUCCCGUCACAUCGAGACCCAUAAACACAAAUCAUGUCUGGAGACGAAGAAGAAAUCGGCACCUUGAUAAUCGUGGUCCUCAAAGCCCAAAACCUCAACGACAAACACUUUUUCAAACAAGAUGUCUACGCUCAGGUAUCCUUGAACGGUAUCACAAAGAAAACAAAAAUCGACUACAAAGGUGGUCAGCAUCCCGUGUGGGACUCAGAGCUUAGAUUCUCGGUAAAGAAAGGCACAGCGAAGAAGUACAGAGAGCUCGAGGUAUCGUGCUUUGCCAAGGAACACAGAGAUGACACUCUUUUGGGAGAAGCCAAAGUCGAUAUGACUGCUACGUUGAAAAGCGGUGAAUUCGAUGAAUGGGUCCCACUACAAGUAAACGAUGUGCAGCGGGGUGAUAUUUAUCUCGAAAUUACAUAUUAUAGCAACGGUCCUGCACCUCCCCCGUCUGCACCUCUCACGUCUGCACCUCUCACGUCUGCACAUCCCCCAUCUUCACUACUUGCCCCGCCCACCGCCGCUAAUUUAUCUCGAAGACCAUCAAAGAUGUCUCCAGCUGACAGGUUAUACCGCCCAACGUCAUCUGUUAAUCUACAUGCAUCCGCUCAGCAACAGCAACAGCAAUCAGGACCUCGUACUCCUCCGAAAGAGGGAUCUUUACCAAUCCCCGGCAGCUAUCCUCCUACGACGGCGGUAUCCAACACUAUUCCAGCUGCAGUUCCCCAUGCGCUAAAGUCCGGCCCUGCUGCAGUACCUAGUACGUUGAAGCCUGGUCCUGUGGCAGUACCCAGUACAUUACAACCAGGACCCACGGCGGCGCCGAGCAAAUAUACAACUGGACCCACGCGUGUCAGUCCAAAGCAACAGCAGCUGCCCCUGCCAGCUACCGUCCCCCCCGGUACCGGUCGUGCACCGCAGAGUAGUCCUCCAGCAGUGCCUUCCAUACUUAGGCCUGGUAAUCCGCAGUCAGAUCCACAUCCUUCUCGUCGGUCUUCUGCAUCUCCUCCUCGUCAAUCACAUUUAGGUAACUCUGCAACGGGCUCUGUGCCAUAUGUUGCGACACAUACACCGAAUCCUUACACUUCGUCGAGUCCAGCCCCAUCAAACUAUAACCACAAUGGAGCUUUGUUUUACUCUCCGUCGACACCUGUGCCAGUAUCAGGUGGUGGUCCGAUCCCCUAUGCAUCGCCGUCAACUCCUGUCCCCCCAUCGAAUCGCAAUAGUUCCUUAUCAUACUCAUCGAAUGUCCCUUCAAUCCAACCACAUACACACCGACAGUCUUCUAACCCAAGCUCUAUCCUGGAUUGGAACUCCACCUCUCAACCCGAAGGGCCAUUAUCCUUUCCGGUACCGAAUUUCCCUGGUGCUCCAUCUAUCGCUGUCGACCCCACCGUGAAUGGGUAUGGAAAUGGUUUUUACAACAGUCAACCGUACCAAAGUCCAGUUCAUGUGCACCAACGAACCGCAUCGUUUUCGCACAUUCAACAACAGCCGGCGCGGACGUCGAGUUCAGGCAGUACUGAUCUACCUGAUCCAUAUCUGAUUGCACGAUAUCAAACGCCUCUUCCUCUUCCUACAGAAACUCAAGGAGCUUCCUCCUCAUCAUUCAGCAGCCACCACCGGCGUACGGCAAGUGCCGAACCAACUUCAUAUCGCCCCGCUCCUCCUGUUCCCGCCAAACAUCCUUCCUAUAGCACAAGUACUUCUCCUCCUCCCCAUAAUCUCAAUAUCCCCCUGAGUCCUCCUCCUUCAGAACCAACACGGUCUCGCACACCAGUAGACGAAUCUCGUCUUCGCCAGGCUGAGCAAGAAGCAGCCAGACGGAGGGAACAAGAAGAAAGAGAUGCAGAAUUAGCGAGGAUACUUGACCAGGAAGAAGCAGAGCGAGAAGAAAAGGAGCGAACGUUGGAACAGGAACGACAGCGUCAACGGGAGUUGGAGAAAGUCAGAGCGCCGCCUGUUCCGUUGCGAAAGCCUGAUUCGCCGCCGCCUUAUGCGAAGGCAGAGGAGGUACGGAAGGCGCAAGAGGAGAAGGAUGCAGAGUUGGCGAGACAAUUGGAUAGAGAGCUUAAUCUCUGAUUAAAUUAUACUGGACUUUGUGUGGGAGGUUCAUGACAGUCAUCCACUGAAAAUUUUUGAAAUAUCUGUAUACGUACAUACAACAUUCAAUAAUCAUCUAGCUAAG